AUGAAAGAAGCCCUGGAAAGUCUUAUAAAGAAACAGAUGGGAGUAAGACAAGCAGCAAAAGCUUUCAAUAUUCCAAAAACAUCACUGCACAGACGAUUGAAACAGAUAAACAAUUGUGAUGCUGGUGAUAAUAACAUUGACAGCAUAUGCAAGAAUAUGCUAGGGCGAUUUCGUAAUGUGCUUUCAGAUAGCCAGGAGAAAGAACUUAAAGAAUACAUAAUUAAUAUGGAUGCUGCAUUCUAUGGUCUGACUAUCAGAGACAUACAAGGAGUUGCGCUUAAUAGAGUUUUCGGCCUGAACAAGAUUGCAGUGAAAAACUAUUUCACAAACCUUGAAACAGUGUUGGAUAAACACAAAUUUGAACCACACCAAAUUUAUAAUUGUGACGAGAGUGGGUUAACCUGUGUACACAAGCCUUCCAAAGUCAUAGCACCAAAAGGAAAACAUUGUGCAUCAUCUGUAACAAGUGCUGAAAAGGGUGUCACAACAACCAUACUCUGUGCUGUGAAUGCAACUGGCCACUAUGUGCCACCAAUGAUGAUUUUUAAACGGAAGAAUAAGAAGGCAUCUCUUACUGACCAUGCUCCAGCAGGAACACUACAAGGUUGUUCAGAAAAUGGCUGGAUAAAUUUUGGCCUUUUUCUUGACUAUGUCAAACAUUUUGUGAAGCAUGUUAAGUGUAGUCCAAUUAAUCCAGUGCUCUUGAUUCUUGAUGGUCACAAGACCCAUACAAAAAGCCUGGAAUUAAUUGACUAUGCCCAAGAGAAUGGUUUAGUUCUUCUAUCCCUCCCACCACACACCUCCCACAAACUUCAGCCCUUGGACAGAGGGUUUUUUAAGCACUGA